AUUAUAUAGAUAGUUAAAUAGUUUCCACAUACACCAAAACACAUUCACAGAGAAACAAAAGAUACAAAAGAGAGAGAGAGUGAGAAAAGAGAAAAGAAAAAGCAUGGAAGGAGGAGCAAUGAUAUCAUCAUCGGAGAACUCAUCAUCAAACUGCUUGUACAGAGAGUGCUUGAGAAACCAUGCAGCCACCCUUGGCAGCUACGCCACCGACGGCUGCGGCGAGUUCACCCUCGACGACCCGGCCGGCAGCCUCCAAUGCGCCGCCUGCGGCUGCCACCGGAACUUCCACCGGAAAGUGACGUGCCCGCCGCCAUCGAGCAACAUGAGGGACCUCAGCGAGCUGACGGAGUAUUCGGGCGGCGGGGGAAGCGGCGGAGAGGGGAGGAGGAAGAGGUACAGGACGAAGUUCACGGUGGAGCAGAAGGAGAAGAUGCUGGGGUUCGCGGAGAAGCUUGGGUGGAAGCUCCAGAGGAAGGAACUUGAGGGAGAGAUUGAAGCGUUUUGCAGAAGUGUUGGUGUGAGUAGACAGGUUUUCAAGGUGUGGAUGCAUAACCAUAAGAACUCUUGUUCUUCUAAUGCUUCUGCUUCCAAUGGCAAUGCUUCCUCUCUCACCCAGUAAGGUUUUUCCAUAUAAAAUGAAGAAAUCCUAGAGGGAUUUGGAUUAAAUGUAAUUUGAAAGCACUGCAGUCGCAAAUAUAAGUCGUUUAAGAUCGAAUGGUUUAUAUUUCUAGUAUGUAUUUGUAUUCAAUUUACUGAAGUCAAGUAUGUGUCGCUUGAUAAUCGUUGAAAAUGUAUACUGUUGUGACUGCAUAGAAAAUUGACUGCAAGAUAAUCUAGAUCCAGAGAAAAAUCAGAAAUGUAUCUUGUUAUUAUUGCUUUUCUUUAA